AUGAACUUUUAUAUACAAGCUGCAACCAUUUUAGAUAAGCUAUUCGCGCACAAGGGUACAAUUAAAAGUCUUACAUUAGCCGAUAAUGUUAAGGAGAAAAAAAAGAUGUAUGCAUUGAUAUGUGAGACUUUGAAAUAUAAGAAUGUAAUCAAUACAAUUUUGGAUAAUUCUCAGAUAUUUGACGUUGAGAAAAAGCUUCCAAGAAAUGUUGCCAUACUUUUAGUUCAUGAUUUCUUAUUUUCCCAGAAUGGAAUUAAAUCAUUAUCGAAUGGGCCUUACAAACAAUCAAUUUUACGACAUGAAAUAAGAUUAAAAGCUGAACUCGCCAGACUUAAAAUUAAGAUGAAAGUUAAAAAUAAUGAAGAUUUAAUAAACUCAGAAAUUCGAGAAACAAUUGUAAUCCCACGAUAUAUUCGUGUCAAUACACUUAAAACAUCUGUUAAAAAGGUUAUAGAACAUUUUCAAGCAAAAGGAUUUACUCAAGAAGAACCUAUUGAUGAUUUGAAGAACAUAAGUCCUAAGACAAUUCGAAAAGAUAAGCAUUUGCCUGAUCUUUUAAUAUUACCACCAAACACGGAUCUUCAUGAAGAUGCUCUAUACUUAUCUGGCGACAUCAUUCUUCAGGAUAAAGCUUCAUGUAUUCCUGCAUUUGUUUGUUCACCACCUUUCAAUUCGCAUGUGAUUGAUGCAUGCGCGGCACCUGGGAAUAAAACUUCACAUCUUUCGGCUAUAAUGCAAAAUACAGGGAAAAUAUGGGCUUUUGACUUUGAUAAACACAGACUAAAUUUACUCAAGAAAUUGAUGCAAAAAGCUGGAUAUGUUGAAGCUAUUCAUGAAUCUUUUUUGGAUGUUGAUCCCAUGGAUCAAAAAUAUUCCAAUGUAGGUUAUAUUUUACUUGAUCCAUCGUGCUCAGGGUCAGGAAUAAUAAAUAGAUUAGAUCAUUUAAUUGAUGCCUCCGAUGAAACUCAAGAACAGUCAGACCUUUCUCAUAAAUUUAAAGAACAGCGUCUUGAGAAUUUAAGCGAAUUUCAAGAAAAGAUGAUUUUGCAUGCGUUUAAAUUUCGUUCUGUUCAGAAAAUCAUAUACUCUACAUGUUCAAUUUAUGCGGAAGAGAAUGAGCAUGUCAUCAAACGUGCCCUGGAUCAGACUGAUCUUUUUGUUCUGGGAAACAAGGACGAUAUGAUGCCAUCAUGGCCAAGACGUGGUAUUUCAAGUGAAAUAAAUGACGAUGAAGGAAUUGCAGAAAAGUUCAUUCGCGCAAAUCCAAACGAGGAUUAUACAAAUGGUUUUUUCGUUGCAUGUUUUGUUCGUAAAACUGCACAACCGAUCAAUACUGAGGCUGACGGUGGACUAAAAUCUAAGAAACGAAAACGUAAUAAAGAUGUCACAAUAAUCAAAAUUAAAGAUGAUGAUGAAUGGAAGGUCAAUAUUUCGAAUAAUGAUUCAUUGCUAUCAAAAGGAUCCGCAAUAGAUAAUGGAAAGAAAAAGAAAAAGAACAGUAUUUCUCAAUCUAAUUAA